GCCCGCGCCGCCCGCCCCGUUGGUGGAAGGAGGCGCCGCUCACGGCCGGGGCGGGCGCGGCGCCGCCGCCAUUGGCGGCCCGGCCGUGCCACUCAGAGCCGCCGGGGCGUGGGCGGCGGCGGCGCGGGGCCGGGGGGAGCCGCGGGGCCGGGAGCGGGGUAGGCUGCGCCCGUACUUAAGCGCGCUGCCCGAGCCGCUGACGUCUUUCGAAUUGGAGACGGGCUGCCCCCCUCCCGCCCCGGGCUCCCGCGGACACGGCCGGGGACGGAGCCAAGGUGCGAGUGUCUGCCUAGAAUGUCCAGGCAUGCAAAAAAGCUUAAAGAUCACGAUAUAAAUCCAUGUGUAGCGGAAACAGAUGCCACUACAAAAUGUAUGAGUGACAACAACUAUAACAAGGAUAUGUGUACUGAUUAUUUUUUGAAGUAUAAAAACUGCAGAAAAUUCUGGCAUGAAAUUAUGAUGCAAAGGAAGAGAAAUGGUGUGAAACCAGAGAUGCCUACAGCAGAAGAAAGAAAAAGCAUCUUGGAAUCGAUGGGGAAGCCCUACUGACUAGAAUCCUGAAUUGACUGUUAUCACUGUACAUAUGAAGACUUAGCAGCAGGAAGUUACCAUUUUAUGAACUGGAUUUUACUGUUGCCAUAUCUUGGAUUAAAAUAAGAUCUUAAACUAUGAAAUGUGUGAGCUUUCUAGGAUAGAACUUCCUGGGUUUAUUCAUACUUCCUGUCAUAGGAACCUGAACUCUUUUUAUUGGAAGAUAUGAAUAUCAAUGCAACUUGUUUAGAAACUUUUGGAAAUAGAAAGUACCUUGCUGUGAAAUACUAAAUGUAAAAUUAAUGAGACUUGCAGAAAGUCUGUUUGAAAAGAUGGGGGUUGGUGAGCAUUGCAGUGUGGUUCUAAGACUGGAGCAGGUUGAGAAGCUGGUACAUGCAACAUGUUUCUUGCACUAAGCUGUUCUGCUCAAUAGUAUGGAUUUACCAUGUGUGAUUUUAUCACUGUUUUCACAAUUGAUGUAUUCUGUGUUCCCAGUUUAAAUAAGACUGUUAAUGAACUAAAAUCCUAAAUCAAACAAGCUUGUCAUUAGGUCUGCCACUGCACUUGUCAGUGACAGCAGAAACUUGCGGUAAAUCAGAUCUGCAGGCUUUGCUAGUUAGAAGGUUAGAGAGAUUGGUCAAGAUAAAACUGAGCUCCUCAGGUCUGAGCUGAAUAGUAGUUUCUGUGGAUAGUAAAUAGAUACUUUAGUGUCGGGCAGGCAGGGGGGACUUGCAGACAUGUAAACAGAUCCUCUGAGUGACAUGGCAGGUUUAACUAUAGUACAUCUAUCUAAGACUCUGGACAGCUGAAACCUGGGGUUUGGAAAUGCUUACUCAUACAAGAUUGCAAAGCUCAGUUUAAACUGGUACUCUAAUCUUAAAUAAGCUUGAUUCUUUAGCUAAAUUGAACAACUAAUAAAUGUAAGCAAGUUGCUGUCUAGUGGAAACAGUGGUUUUUACCUUUUACCUUUGGGUGUCCUGGCUUAAAGCUUGUAUCCUGUGAUAAAGCAGAAAAAACUACUGUCAUGAGCUCAGGUUCCAUGUGAAAUCCUCUAGUUCUUACUGGGAUCAACUUGGCAGAACUCUGGCUGACCUCAUGAAGGAUGGUGUAAAAGUGUUGCCUCUCUAUUUAGACUGUUUUGGAAAGACUUCAUGGCUUUCUGUUUCUCCUGUCUGGCUUGUCUUGUUUCUUUCCACUGUAGGCCUAUUUCUAUGCUUACUGUGAUUUUUGUGCUUGAUCUGACUAGUAACUCCACAAAAUCUGCUUUGCUCCUUUCUGUUCUCCAUCUACAUCUGAGUUUUGAAGUGGAUUGAUCCUGCCCUCUCUGUUGGAAUGAGUGUGUAACUAUGCCUUUUGAGUAUACAAUUCUUCAAGCAAAGCUGUGCAGCCUUCAAGCAUGUCACAAGUUCUCUUGUCAGUUCCUGGCAAGGAAAAUGUACUUUCUUCCAUCGAGAUCAUAAGAUUCUUUAUUUCAAAUUACUUUCUCUUCACUGAAAGUGCUAACUUUGACAUUUUCCUCUUUUUGUGGAUGGUUUCUUUGGGGUGUUUUUUUGUUGUUGUUGUCUUUGGUUGUUUUUUUGUUGUUGUUAGUUUUUGUUAGUGUGUGUGUGGAGCUGAAGAUAUUUUCAUUUUAGAUUCAAGGGCUUGCUCUUUUCUGCUACAUCUUUGCCACUUUUUAAUACCCUCCUACAUACCAAUCUUUCCUCUCUUUUUUUUUUUUCCCCAUUUGGCACCAGUUCUUUUUUGACUGACUUUAACGAUUUAGUCUGUUCUCAUUGCAGUUUUUUUCUAAGUACCUUUGUUCUGUCUCUGAUCUAAUGAUGUAGUCUUGCAAUGACUUUCUAAUACAACUCCUUUUGAAGGUUGUGUGUUCUCUGCUUUCUCAUAGUGGGAGAACUUCUUGCUUUCAUUAAACCUACCCAUAAUACUUCCUCAUUAACCAUGCCUCUCUUUGAUCUUGUUUGUCUGAAGAUUUUGGGGAGCUAUUGUCCUCUUCCUUAGGGCUGUGUCUCUUCAGACUCUUCUGGCUUUGCUGCCUUGCUUGUCUAAGGGCACCUUCUCUCCUACUUGGCACAGGUUUGUCAUUUGCCACCUCUGCUGUAUCUUUGGACAUGUUCUUUGCUCCUGUGGCUUUAGCUACUAUUCUAGUGCUUGCUGUUUUUCUGUUGCUGUGUUCUUAAAUUGUGGACUUAUGUUAAAAUCUACAGUAUAUUUUAAAUAUAUGCAAGAAAAAUGUGAUCUCAUUCUUUGUUGUCAUGCCAGUUCUUCUUCCCAUAACUUCAAGGAACUUGGGCUUCUCAUUUAUCCUAGGAUUUCCUUUCAGGUUUUCUUUGCAUGUAGAAAUGCUCCUUCUCUUAGGUUAAGUGGUGCACUUACAAGUUUGGUAUUUUUUUUUGUUUUUUUUUUUUUUUUUCCCCUGACAAUAUUUACUUGGAAAGCUUCCACUAAUGUUGUUUUCUUUUAAAGGAUGACUGGCCUAUCUUUUGGCAUUGAUAGGUACCCUGUGCUGAUUUGUAAAGUAUAAAUAACUAGUACUGGUCUUCAAAAAAUCAGAAAUAGAGAUGCAUUACUGCUGUCAGGUAUCAGUGCAGGAAUGUGGGAUCACAGGAUGGGCUAAGGCACAUGUAAUACAGAGAAACAGUAGUCUGACACUAGACCUCCAAUCAUCAGUGGAUGCACAUGGCGUGUUCCCUGUGGAUGUUACAGCAAAAAUGAGUUCAGUGUAGAACUGAGGGUAAUUUAAGCAGUGACCUUGUAGACUUAAUUCAGGUAAACAGUCAUCCAUUGUAAGGAAUGCCAUUUAUUUCCAUUGAAUGUGCCUUAAUGUUAAAUAACACAAGUUUAUGAAAAAUCUUGGGAGAGCAAGCAGUUUUCUCAGUUGUAAUGUCUCUCAAGAGUGGUCUGUUACUUGAGUAUGAGUUUUUAUUAUUUUUAUCCUUUACCUGAGGUUGGUGUUCUUGCUUUCACUACUGAAGAUUGAGUGGUAAAGCAUGAUAGCUAAAAUAUAGGCUCUUACAAGUUGAGAUUUUUCCAUUAAUUUUUGUAGUGUGAUUAACUGCCUUUGGUUGUGAGCCAAAGAUAAUGGUCUUUUCCUCAUACCUGGGAGCUUACAUUCCACACUUCACUGAAACAGAGGUAAGCUUCAGCCUGUCUUUCCCUAAAGCACACUCUUGUGUGUUAACCCAAAAAGCAUAACACAGUGGGUCAAUAUAAUUAAGAAGCAGGGAAGGGACCUGUAGGCUGGGUUUUGUUUUAGGGUUUGUUUUUUUAAUACGUGUAAUUACUCAUUUUGCUUGUGAUAUAAGGACCAAAUCUGGAUAGUGGAAUUAAUGUUUGAUAAUUUUUUGUUUGACAGCUGGAUGGUGCUGUUGUACAACAGACUGAAAACAGAAGCACUCCACCCACUACUGGCUCUUUCAAGCUUUUUUGGUCUCUUCCCAUCGAGGUAGCAGAAUUCAUCCAAUAGAAAGGAAAGAUUGGUCUUGUCUCUACACUGUAAAUAAAAAAGGAAGACAGGACUCUAAAAUCACUGCUGGGAAAUAAGAGAUUUCUGUGUGGCCUGAGAAGCCUUGGAAUCUGGUCCUUUUUCAAUGUGGUUAUUUGAUCACAACUAGGCACUGAGCUAUAGGAUUUCUCCCAGGUCUAGGUGAAUAUCCUGGUUCCCAUCUGUACAUUUUUGCCAUCACAUUUUCUCUGUUACCCUACAGUGCAAGGCCUCUUCUUGCUCAGAAUUUUCUGCUAUCACAAUUGGGAUGUGUCUGUGCUCUUGAAGAUGUUCAAAGGAAGUUCACAGAAUUGCAGAGUAUGCUGAUUUGGAAGGGGCCCACAAGGAUUGUUGAGUCCAAAUUGUCUAACUCUAGAGUCGUGAAAAUUUCUUUGGAUUUAGCUGAAGCUUUUGGAAAGCAGGGUGUUGCAUCAGCUUCUGCUCUAAGUCUCUUUCAUGGUCUUGUAAUGAAAUUUUUGCACUCAAGUGAUCAAGAAUGUGUGCCUAGAUGAGCUUUUGGUAGAACUUUUUGCAGUUGAGCUGGUGUCUGUCAAAGUGGAAAACAGUUGUAACAAGGUGAUGCGUAGUGACAAAAAAUAUUAUGCUCAAGAUAGUAUAUUCAGGCAAUACCUCAUUUCUAAAAGUGCUUCACAGCUCUAAAGUUUACACUAAGAAAUAGGGGCCAUCAGCUCAAGCCUGACUUUGACAAAUCUAAAUGUUUUUAAUUGAUAAGAUUCCAAUUGUUUUGGCAAAAAAAAAGAAAAAAAUUGCGGUGUUUUUAUGGAAAUAGCUGCUGGUAAUAUUUUGUUACUCUGUCACAUGUGGAUCUCAAAUUUUUAUUUCACUGAAACGUGGAUCCCUGAGCAGUCCUUGUCUGCAGAGUUGCAUGCAGUUGUUGAAGUGAUCAGUGAAUGUGGUUGCCUAUUACAAGUAGGGUGGCAUUUUCUCCUAUUUUUAUUAAAUAGUGGAAUUGAAUGAGGUUGCUGCAUAGGAAAAGGUCAUGCUUGCUUCAAUUCAUGUUUCAAAAGGAUGGAAUGAAGGUAAUAGGACAAACCCUUAGGUAGGGGGUACACUAUGAAUUUACCAUAUCCUGCAAUAUCAGCUUUGAGUUUCUGACUCAAGUUUUUUUUUACUUUCUAGCUCUGUUUUUCCUAAUGCUGAAUGGAUUUGAAUGGAUGUUACUGAUGUUACUUUGAGUCUAGAAUUGCUGUUUACUUGUAGAGAAUGACUCUUUGGGCAAGUUCUUCCCUUGUGAUCUAUUUCCAGCUCAGCUUGCACAUUGACAGAUCAUGCACCAGCCCAAGAGAAAAAACAUUUGCUGUUCAAUAAGGGAUUAAUGCUGUUGAUGAGAUGCCUGACAUGGUAUGUUCACAUAUGUUCUUGCACAAGCCUUUAAAAGGACAUUCGACAUUCAGCAAAUCUGAACACCAGAAGGCAUCCCAGGACUCUACUUCCAGUCUCUCAGUAAUUCCUGGGGUUUCUAAUGAGUAGAAUCAUUCACUAUACUACAUUCACAUGCAUAAACCCUUUUGUGGGUAGUGAAUGUGUUAGCAUGUGCAGAGUUUUUUUUGAAAUCUGUGUUCAAUACAGAUUUCAACAUCUCUGGAUGAGAAGUUAUCUCUGUAUCACCAAGCACCACAGAAGUUGGCUAUGUUUUAUAAUUAGGUGUGAUUUCUCUAGAGAGACAUGAUUGCAGGAAAAAGAAGUUGCCUCCCUGUUGCCUCUUUUUCUCUACUGGAAGAUGUGUGUGGUAUUUGGGAUAUGCUUUUCUUCACAGUGGGUUUUGGAUUAGGAAUCAUGUGCUUUGGAUUUUAUCUAACAGGUAACCUGUCAGGUAGCUCACAGACAGUGUUGACUCCUACAGUAUUUAUCCAAAUGACCUUGAAAUUACUUAUUCAAAGAAACAAAAUGAAGGUCAUCGCCUCUCCCACCUCAACCCUUUAUUCCUAUGGCUGAAGUAGUGACAUCUAAUAUUAGUUUGCCUGGUGAUUUCUCAUAGCAUCAUGAGAGACCCUACCUAACAAAAGAGUAGUCAGCAUAUGCUGGGUAAUGUAGUAAGUAUAGAAGUGUAUAUAAAGUGGUAUAAUGGGUGGUGAAACACAGGGCUCUGAGAAAAGCCAUGAUAAGGACCUACCUUCAUAAUAAAGUAUGAAAUUGUCCUUCUGGCAGCCCUGGGAAAAUAACACCUACCCAGAAACAGCAGGACAUAACAAAGAGUUUCUGUACUACAAAUAAGGGUAAUAUAAACAAAGUUUUCCUCCUAUACAUUUCUUAAAGAAAUGUGGUAUUUAUGCAGAUCAUAUUACUGGUACCUUUCUUCCUCAGCUACUAAAAAUCCCUAAUUCCUGAGAGGGAAAAAAAAAAUAGUUUUUGGCAGUAGCUUAGUGCUUCUUAUGCAUCUGCCUUGAAAUUUGCCCUGCUUUGGAGGACAGCUACAAUUUAAUUAACCACAAGUAGAAAAAGAACUUCUAAAUUCUUCACAAAGACAAUAUUCUACCAGCUGGGCUGGAAAAAACCCAAAACACCAAAUAUGCAAGUAAUGGCAGCUAAUGGCAUUUCCAAGCAGGCCUAUUUUGUACCUAUACCAAUAGUUUAAUUGUUCAAACUUCUAGGCCUCAUUCUGCUAAAAAGACACAAAAAAAACCUCACCAAAAGAACAAGUUGAAGAAAACCCCCAAACCUGAGAGGAAACCAGCCUAAAUCUAAGUAGACAUUUGCACAUCAGUGUUCAUUGCAUGCCUGUGAUCAUGUGCAUGUUUGCCUUCUUGCAAAGCCUACAAAUAUGACUUUUCCCAUCUUUAAAACCUGUUUAAAAUAUUUUAGUAUUAUUAAGCUAAGUAUAAUUUGUGAAGAUAAUUCAAGCAAGCAAAGAGAAAAUAGAAAAAAAGAACAUUUGAGGGCAUCUGCAGACUUUAGUAUGAAAUAAAAAUAUAUUUAUUUUAUGUAAAAUUCCUCUCCUAGAGGAUUUUUUAAUUACCAAUGUAAAAUCUGGAUUUUUUUUAACAAAAUAGUGACCUAGGCCUAGAUACAUUACUCUUCUGAAUAGCUUUUAUAAGUUCAUGUGCACCUGUAGUAUUGAAGUUCCCUACUCAGUAAAUGGCCAGGAGCCUCAAUCACCAAUGAUGAUGUGUUAGAACACAGGGAUGGGGCACAGUGCAGCCUCUCCCUUAUUUUUUGUAGCCCUGUAGCAUCCCCACAGGGCUCUUGUAGUCAUGGACCCAUGCCCAGACAUUAUGAGUUUCAGACAAGCUUUUUCAGAAUGGAAAUCUGUGGCUUUUAGGCAGUGUUUCUUCCCCAUGUCUGUUGGCCCUCUAGGUAUGUUUCAGGCUAUACUCGUGGUGUGGAAAUGCCCAACCACUUGAUACAUCUUAAAUUCUGACCUUUAACUGUUCAUAUUACACUCCUCAUGUUCUUACACCUUUAUCCAAGUUCCUCAAGAAGUUGCACCACCUGCUAAAUUCAAGUAUCUCUCCUCCCAUCUGAAGAAGUUGGUGCAAAAAAAAGUAUAUGGGAAUAUUUUGCCCCUACUCAUAUUCCCUUAAAGAAACAACUUUUUUGGGCAACUCAAGCCCAGUUCUGGUCCAGUUUUCUUGUCCUGAGGUAAACCCAAAGUUUGCCUUUGAGAAGACAAGUGUGUCUACUUUAUUCACCUCUCCCCUCAAUGACAGGAAUUGUUUUCAAGCCAGGCUGCAUGGUCAGAGUGGAAGUGCAGUAGAUGCUCCUGUUCUGUGGAAACUGCAGAUCAAAGUGAUUAUUGAGACUUAUUUUGACUGUAGCCAAGCAUUCUAAAGCAUUACUCAGACUGUGAAUUUGGCUUUUCUGCACUGUAUGUUAAAGAAUAAUCAACAGUGUGCCUUUGCUAAGUUUGGUGUAUUAAUUGUUCAUUGCAGAACAUGGAAAGCAACAAAUUGUUACUAGGGUUUUUUUUGUUUGUUUGUUUGUUUGUUUGUUUGAAGUGGUGCCCAUGAUUAGUAGAUAAAACCUUAUAAGGUGAGAUAAAUUGAAGGGCUGAGCUGUCUAACAGCUCAGUAAUGUCAAAUGAGGAGACCCUGCUCCCUUUACCCCGUGCAAUUGCCUAGGGACAGCUCACUUUGGACCUUCCACCAGUUCUUACACUUGCUGGGUCCUUCACUGGACUGCUCACAUUUGCUAACCAAGCAAAUUAAAGGGAAGAGCUUCUGUGUGGGUAGUGACUGGUCUUACAUAAUUUCACACUGAAAGUGAUUGUGCCAGCGCUGGGACAGGUGUGCCUGGGGCAGCAAGCAGCAGCUACAGCUAACCAUUUGUGGUUGCUGCCCUUCUGUUCAGCUAUGGACCUUUAAGCCAAGGGACCUCCCAUGUAAGCUUGGGUUGCCACCAGCCAAAGUGACGAGUCAGGACUGAGACAGCUCACAUCCUCUAUGGCUCACCAGAGAGACCUCUAACACCAAAAGACUCCAGUUGCAUGUCAGUGGGUUCAAUUCCAAUUUCCCCAUCUAAUUGUUUAACAACAAAAGCCUGCAAAAAAAGGUCUGACUAACUAAUCAUGAGUAUUGCUUCCUGUUUGCUGAAGCUAAACCCAGAACAACGGUUUGUGUAAUGAUGAUGAACUGUUAAAUAAAAUUAAGUCUCCUUCCCUAUGGACUUCAUAAUAAAAAUUGUAAACAAUGUUUUGCAAACAAAGCUGCGGGCCUACGGGCUGUCAUUCCCAGAUGGCAUGAAUUAGUGGAGGAAGUUUUGUUGCGCUUCCCUUCCCCAGCCCUCCACCCCUCCCUGGGUUCUGCAUGUGCUAGCUUUGGACAGGAAUGACUCAGCUGCUGGUGAAUCACCUGCUGAAGUGCUGAAAGUGCUGGCUUGGAUGCAGUUCCUCAAGCAACAGUGAACUGUCAAGGCAGACUGGCAAGAGAAUAGUCUUCUGCAGCUGGGAGAAUUUUUGUGCUUCCACAUCUUGAUUUGCUGCUAUUAGGGGCUGCACAGAUACUGCUGUGGUUUCAAAAAUGCCUGUUGAGAUCUUGCUUGCUAAAAAACUUCUUUGUGCAACUGCUUAUUCAUGACAGGGCUUUUCAAGGCAUUACUCAAAAGCUGUUCUUAAGAGACAACCAGGUGGUGAAUGGCUCAUGUGCAAUGUAACUGGAGAAAUGCUUGUAAGGGAUGCUUCACUGUUCUCCUGUUGGUGACCUGAAAAGUAAGGGAUAUUCCAAUCAGAGAGAUUGUUCCAGAAAAAUAUAUAGGUGUAGAAAAUCCUUCUGAAAUCUUGCUAUUUCAAAUUACUGUGUUCUGGAUUGGUGGUGGUAGAGAAAGACAGAAGGAAAACUAAAAACCACAUGGAAAACUUUGCCAGGUUCUACAUGUCCACAUGUCCAACCAGCUAGGGAAAAAAACAUGGAAAACCUAUUGUCACUAUGUGUUAAGUCUAAAUGUCUUAUAAAGAGAGACUGUUUGAGAGAUACAAACCAGUGUUCGUUUACUAAAUAAUUUUUAACUUA